GACGUCACAUCCACAAAACCGCGUGCUCCUGUCUGGUGCUCCAGCCAGUCAAGUUAGAAAACGUUAAAUUAAAGACAGACCGGAUAUGGACUGUCAAUUUAAAAAUUAAAAGCCACUUCAAGAAUUAACCGUAUGUCAAUAUACAGUUUCACGUCUACAUUUAAAUAAAAUGCGCAAAUAAAUUCGAAUUAUUUUCUUAUUUGAUUAUUAUAUUCUACUGUGAAUGUAAAAAAACAUCGAAAUUCAUUACAAACUUGACAUAUUUUGAAAACUUAAACAGGAAGUAGAAAGUAAUGCUGGUUUUUGAUGGAGGUAUAAGCUGCACUGCUACAGACUCAUUAGUUGCGAGAAACAUUUUACCGCACAAGCAAGCCCAUUUAAAAGGUAAAUAUAGCUUUAUUCUGAUUUUAACACCUUAUCUGUUAAGUUUUACUUAAAGAGUAGCAUUUGACCGUCGCUGUUUGUCUUGUCGUGUCUGAGGUCGCAGGUAGUUUAUCUUGUUUUUUGGCCACUAUGCUAAUAUUAGCUAAAUUAGCCCACAGGUUAGCCUCUCAAAUGCUUUAGUUGCGUUAGAUAGCACCUCAAAGAUGUAAAUGUUGUUUUUUCAAUUAUUACCAGUAAUUAUUAGUCAACGAUGAGAGUUUCUUCUAAUUAUUCUUAUUAUUAUUGUACACUUCAGUUAAUGGUAGCUGUCUUGUAGCUAAGGUGUGGAAAUGAGGAUUAAUGUUGACUCUAAAAUGACUCACUGGAUUUCAGCUGUUGCAUCUUUUUCUCUUUUGGUAAAACAGAGGACAACUCUGUUUGUUUGAUUGGUUCAAAUAUAUAACUUUAUGUUUUACAAACAGACAGAACACUAUGAAUCAGGAGAAGCUCGCCAAACUUCAGGCACAGGUCCGGAUAGGAGGAAAGGUAAGAGUUUACUAUCAUUUCUGACAUACUUUAAAAUCUGUUGACCUCUCUAUUGGUGCCAUCAUAGUGUUAGAAAAAUGUGAUUUAGUAGGAGGAAUCUCAUCUCUACCAAAGCCCCUAGUCUCGUCAUGUCAUUGGUCCAUUUGAAGUAGUUUGAUGGUAUUCAGCAUCUGCCAUGUCUGUCCUCCUGACCUCAGCAGUCCCUUUAUGGGGGCAUUGGCCCCUUCAUCUGUGGCCUCUGUGGCUUUGUUUUAAUUCAUUGUAAGGCCUUUAGCUACACACUAGGUGGCGUUAUUUGUUGUUUUUGCUGUGACAGUAACCUUGUGCUCUUUCAUAGUUGUAUUCCAUACUCAGACUUAAUCACAUUUACUUUGUUCUUGUUUUGCACAUGACUGUCACUCCCUGAUCUUGGUCACUUGUCAGAGAUUUUCUUGUGAACCUUUGUCACAGUUUAGUUUAAACAUCUGGAUAUGCUUAGACUCAUUCAGAGUUGAAGUUUUGGGCCUAUUUGAUUGAAAUAGGGGGCAGUAAUGUAAAAAUUAUGUGUUCGGGAAGCUCGUUUCCACUCGUGUGGAAAUUGAGUAUAGUAGUUGAAACUGCAUAAAUAGAGUGUUGAAUGGUUUUAAUUCCUUUUUAAGUUGUUCAGUGGUUUUCAAGUUCCACUGUCUUCCAAGUACCCUGUAUUUUUUAUUUUAUUUAACCUUUAUUUAACCAGGUUUGUCCCAUUGAGAUCUGAGGCUCUUAUUUGCAAGGGAGACCUGACCAAGAAUGGCAGCAAUACGUAGUUACAACAAACAGUCACACAGACUCAAUACAGAACAAAAAUGUGAGGAAACAUCAGUUAAAACAGAGACAUUCUGAGAGUUUGUACUCCAGAUUUAAAAACAGUCAAAGACACCAAGUUUUGCAGCUUAAAUUCAGUCUGCAGAUUAUUCCAAGAACCUGAAAACCUUCUUUCCCAUUUCAGUUCGGACUCUGGAGACAACAAACUGUAUAAAUCUCAAUGAUCUCAGGUUGUGUAAUCCGUCCAUUAAGAUGAAUAAGGAGGAGAGUUAGUCCGGAAUUUUUCCAAGAAUACCUUUUGUAAAUGAAAACGUACUAAUGACCGAACUUUAUUCUGUAACUUUAUUCCUCUUUACAAAACCAUAAUACCAAUAAGGUGCUUUUUUACUCAGUAAUAGUAUCAUUUCUUAAACUUGGAGGGCAGAAAUUCCCUUUUCUUUUAAGGAAAAAUGCUUCAGGAAGCAAAUAUUUUGCCACAUCAAUUAACCACUUCCAUCUUUUUUAUUUUAUUAGAAUUUGAAAGAAUUUUUUAAAGAAUACAUAAAAGUUAUAAGCCUUUACUGCAAGGAUAGAUUUAGAUUUAGAUUUUCCUUUAUUCAUCCCUCAGUGAGGAAAUUAAGUCGUUGACAGCAGCGGUACACACAACAUACACAUUCAUAAUGGAAUACAAAAAACAAAUAAAUAAGAUAAAGAACUAUGGUAAAAAAAAGACAGAGCAGCGCAAUCGAAGAACAGUAUUAAAGACAAGUAUGAGAAAAGGAAAGAUCAGUUCCAACAAAAAACAGGUGUGGAUGUGAUGAUUGAUAUUGAUAUUGCACAUGAUUAAUAGGACAAUAAACAAGGUAGGAAAGUGGAAAGAGGGUGGGGAAUAAUCUACAAGCCGGUCUUGAACCUAGGCCACCUAUUGCAAAGACUGUAACCUCUGAACAUGGAGUGUGGGAUCAAACCACAGAGCUGUACAGGCCCCAGAGGAAAAGGGGAUUGCUUUGAUAUGUGACCUUGAGCAGGAUCUUCUUUUCUUUUUGAUGGCCAGCAGACAUUUCCUUGGCAAAAGUAGCAUAAAGCCGCUCCUCACGGCAUAGUUAGGGUUGUUUUUUUGUUAACUAAUGCAGAAGUGCUGCAGCCAAGCUAGAAAUAAGUUACUGAAUCCAAACAUGAGUUGAACGGACUCAAAAACAUCUGACUUGACAUAAUGGCGUUGACACACUGGGUAAUUGGGCGAACUAACCCCCCUUUUUCCUUCCACACCUGUUCUUUCCUCAGGGAACGGCACGCAGGAAGAAAAAGGUUGUUCACAAAACAGCAACAGCUGACGACAAGAAACUCCAGGGCUCACUGAAGAAACUGGCAGUGAACAACAUCGCAGGCAUAGAGGAGGUGAGCUAUCAAAGGGAAACGAUCAGCAGUGUUGUUCUGAAGCUGUGCCGUUUUAACUUCUUUUUUUUUUUCCUUUCCGACCGGGAGUGUGGAGAGGAAAGAUAAAAGACGGGGAGAGCCUGACUAAAGCGUUUCCCAAUCAUUUCAUCUGUUUUAUUUUUAGGGUACUUUUAUCUAACACGCUCCCAUAACAGGUUUCAGAUUAAAAAGGAAAACUGAGCAGGAAAGCAGAGAAAAUGUGAGGACAAGAUACGAAUCUGGUGCUCAAAACACAACCUAUGUUCUGGCCCAGUUUAACCUUUUUGAAUUUUAUACGCAGGGUUAAGAUUGUUUAUUUUUACACUGUAACACUCUAAGGUCUGAGGAUUGUCAUGUUGUUGUCCUUUGAGAAGAAAUUAUUUCCUUUUGACAAAUUAAUACCUUUUUAAAACCCACCUUCUUUUCUCUAAACUGUAAUUUAGGUGUUCAAGGUGCAAAAACUGGCUCAAGCUCCAACUGAGUGUCUCUUAUUAUUAUUCUCUCUCUCAGGUGAACAUGAUUAAAGAUGACGGUACAGUCAUCCACUUCAACAACCCCAAAGUGCAGGCGUCUCUGUCUGCAAACACCUUCGCCAUCACAGGCCACGCCGAGACCAAGCAGCUGACGGAGAUGCUGCCCGGCAUCCUGAGCCAGCUGGGAGCCGACAGCCUCACCAGCCUGCGCAAGCUGGCGGAGCAGUUCCCACGGCAACGUGAGUGUACACAUACACGUUUAAAACACUCAAAGUCACAAUGUCAGGGUUCUCUGUGGUCGUGUAAUACCAGGGAUAUUUUUAGAAGUUUGAGUCAUCAGAUUUUUUUGAGACGUGGGGUGAGCAGGAAGGGUUGAUGUGGUGACAAAAAAGAGGGUCGACUGUUAAACCAGAGGAGCAGAGGUCCUGCGCUGACAUCGAAGUGACCAUGACAGUAAAAGGCAGCUGGACGGUGUUGAAUCUGCUCAACACAGAAUCACACAUUUGCAUAUGCUGCCUUUUAACAUUUAGUGUACUUCUGCAGAUCUGCUUUGUACUGCACAGUCUGUUUGUUUGUUUAAAAUCCCAGGGGAGACGGCGGAGGAUGGAUGUGUAAAUGUGACAAAGAAACUGGUUAGUGUAGCAGCGAAAACUGGAGACGACAACAGGGACUGAGAUGACAGAAGAAAAACUGUGAAGGAAAACUAACAUUAGGAUUAAAACGAACAGUCAUCAUAGCCAGUUCACUGUUUGAGCAUCUAUGAGAUCGUGCUUGCUCUUCCACAGCAGACUGCAUCCUACCUUGGCAUGACGGUCUUGAAACAGCUUGAUUUCUGGUGUGCAUGUGGACAGAUAAGGCCGUGUCAUAAGAAGUGCAUCUCACAUGAUUUUAUCUGUGAGCCGCAGGGAUCUCAGCCAAAAAUACACUGAAAGACGAUAAGUUGAGAGCUGUAUCCGCUCUGUUAUCGGUUCUGUCUAUAUCACAAGUAUGAGAAAUAUACUGUGAUCGUACAUCUGGAUUGAUUAUCAGAGUACAGGCCAGAUCAGGUUUUUUUUUCCUAUGAGAGAGACCCGCCGUUUUUCUACACUGUUGUCACACAAGAGACUAUUCUCACAUCAGCGACGUUUUCCCUUCCGGCGAUAUUGCGGCAUUUAUUUUUUCCGAUAGCAGUCAAUUUUUUUUUAAAGUUUCUCAUACUGCUUGUCCACUUCUGACCAAUCAGAUUGCGUGUUGUUGCAAUGAAGAUGAAAUUGAUUUUCUAUUUCAUGUGAUUUGCAGCAAUGGACAUGAAAGCAGUCAAGGAGGAAAUAGCAGAAGAAGAGGACGACGAUGUACCAGGUAGAGACGCUGAUAAUCGUUCAUAUAAUAACUUUUACCAUAUUUUUGUGAACCUGCUUCAAAACCUCUCUCUCAUUUUGUUUUUUCUGUCUGACAGAUCUCGUGGAGAACUUUGAUGAAGCCUCAAAGAAUGAAGCAAACUGAACCCUUUUUUCCCCCCUCCUCUCCUGUCAAGUGUUUUACUGUUUACCUCUUACGGACUCACAAAGGGCGUUCCCUCUUGUGGGGUUGUUAAAGGUUCAGCGCAUCAUCUCCUGAGACGUGAAUCACUCCUGGUCAGGCUGUUUCAACAGCACAGCAACAUGCAGAUACAGCAGGUUUUGAUAUCAAUCAAUCGUGAUAUCACGGACACAAAUUAAUGCUGCCUCCCAGCACCUAAAGGACUCAAAAUCCUUCAUAUAAAAGGUUUCUACAUGAUUAAAUGUGGCUAGUAUUUAAGAGAUUGUUUAUGAAGUUACAUUUAAAGUGAAUUAGUAGUUCACUUUACUUAUAGUGGUGAUUUAUGAAUUUAAUAAAGCAUUUUUGGGCAACUUA